UUUAAUCGUCAAGUAUCAUAAACGUAAGCAACAGUCGUUGUCUCUUACGCAAAGGUUUACGUCAAUUGUGUGGGAUUUGCAGCGCUGCGCGACAUCUUCUGUUCAUUUACGGCCACAACAUCUUUCAAUGGGAGUGGUGGGGAAAAAGAACGAAGAAGAAGACAGUGGAAGCAGAAGUUGCCAGCAUGGCGUUUACACUCUAUUCGCUCAUCCAGACUGCUAUUUUGUGCACAAAUGCCAUCGCCGUAUUGCACGAAGAGAGGUUUCUCAGCAAAAGAUCGGGGUUGGACCAAGGAGUGUCAGGUUUUGGAGAUGACCCAGGGAUCAAAGCCCAAGUCCUGAAUCUAAUCCGCUCGGUCCGAACUGUCAUGCGAGUGCCUCUUAUCAUCGUGAACUCGGCCUCCAUCGUGCUGUUAUUGCUCUUCGGCUGACGAGGUUGCAAGAACAACAAACCGCGGGGGCCACGCAGCAAUCUUUCACAUGAACUCGUACUGUUUUUGUUCCUGAGUUGACAUUAAGGUAAACGUGCAUUUCCAAAAACCUGUCAGUGUUAAGUUUGAGCAUAUUUGUUAUGUUACAGGCUCAAAGUAUGAUUUUUUUUUGUCACCGGGCCUUGGAAUAUGAUACUUUUUCAUUGUUAAUAUUAUAUAUUAUGAUGUUACACUAAUAACUAUUGCCUAGGAGACAAAUGCUAAGAUGUGGAUGUUUUGCUGAUAGAUUUGCAUACAUUGACCUCCAUUGGAUUGAUUUCAUUGUAUCUGUUUAUAUCAUCUUGAUGCUAGUACGUUUUUUCUCAGCAUAAACUUCUUUUAAAAAAAAUCACAAUCCAAUCCCUCCCUCUUUCUCUGUUGUAAAUAUUUGAGCUCCACGUUGACCCCCCCUCCGCCCCCGCUGCUCCACUUCCCUAAUAAUCCUCCAUAUGCUGUGAAUUAUAACAGCCAUUCCUGCCCUGUUGAAUAUGUUUAUUAACACUUGUUCUCAUCCUAAAUGCAGCUGCGCUGGAAUUGGAAGCAUAUGUUUUGUUUAAUUUUUUUAUCAGAGGGAUAUUCCUGCAGUGAAAGUCAGUUUAAUCUGUGAUUAGGCUGAAUUACAGGCGAUUUAUUCCUGCAUAUUUGUACUUUGUAGCUCACAAUGUUAUGUCCUAUUCAUAUGUUUUCAUAUUUCCCUUGUUUGUGUCAGUAUGCUGUUCACUUGUGUUUGAAUUGAAAUGAAAUAUCCCCCCUCCCCUUUUUUUGUUUUUAGAAAAAAAGGAUUUUCCACACUUUUAACAUGAGGUGCAGUACCAACAAUAACACACGCAGUACCAGGAAAAACAGAAAAACAUAUUGACCAUGUCGCUGUAUCAUGAAAAGAGGAUUUAUGGCAGAGCUUUCUGGCAUCACGUCGAGAGAAAGGGGUUUUAACUUUUU